AUGUUUGCUUCCGACGCACCUCAGCCUUCUCUCAGCCCUGCGGAGCAGGCAAUUGUCAAGUCUUAUGGCGGUUGGAUCCAGUUCCUGCGUUGUUUCGGGCUCAAGCCAUGGGAUCAGGAGGAUGCAGAGGAGGCAAAACGUAUCCUGGAGGCCUUUGCUGAGGAUGACGAUGACGAGUGA